GGAGCCAGCCUGCAGUAGCCCCGAGGCGUUCCCUGGCCCGAGGAGUCCUCCGUCCCGCCGCGAGGCUGCAGCGGGACCACAGCAGAGGCGCAGGUCUGGGGAGGCCCCGCCGCCCGCGCCGAGAUGUGGAAUCCCCUUCACGAAGCCGACUCGAGCUUUGCGGCUUGGCGCCGCCCGCGCUGGCUGUGCGUCGGGGCGCUGGCGCUGGCCGCCGGCCUCUUGAUCGUCGGCUUCCUCUUCGGAUGGUUUAUAAAAUCCUCCAGUGAACCUACUAAGAUUGUUCCACAGCCUAAUGUGAAGAAGGCAUUUUUGGAUGAAUUGAAAGCUGAGAACAUCAAGAGGUUCUUAUAUAAUUUUACACGGGUGCCACAUUUAGCAGGAACAGAACAGAACUUUCAGCUUGCAAAGCAAAUUGAAUCCCAGUGGAAAGAAUUUGGCCUGGAUUCUGUUGAGUUAGCCCAUUAUGAUGUCCUGUUGUCCUAUCCAAAUAAGACUCAUCCCAACUACAUCUCAAUAAUUGAUGAAGACGGAAAUGAGAUUUUUAACACAUCAUUAUUUGAACCACCUCCUCCAGGAUAUGAAAAUGUUUCAGACGUUGUGCCACCUUUUAAUGCCUUCUCCCCGCAGGGAAUGCCAGAGGGUGAUCUAGUGUAUGUUAACUAUGGCCGGAUUGAAGACUUCUUUAAACUAGAGAGGGACAUGAAAAUCAAUUGCUCUGGGAAGAUUGUGAUUGCCAGAUAUGGGAAAAUUUUCAGAGGAAAUAAGGUUAAAAAUGCCCAGCUGGCAGGGGCCAAAGGAGUCAUUCUGUACUCAGAUCCUGCUGAUUACUUUGCCCCUGGGGUGAAGUCCUAUCCAGAUGGUUGGAAUCUACCUGGUGGCGGUGUCCAGCGUGGAAAUAUCUUAAAUCUUAAUGGAGCAGGGGACCCUCUCACACCUGGUUACCCAGCAAAUGAAUAUGCUUAUAGACGUGGAAUCACCGAGGCUGUUGGUCUUCCAAGUAUUCCCGUUCAUCCAGUUGGAUACUAUGAUGCACAGAAGUUCCUGGAGAAAAUGGGUGGAUCAGCACCGCCAGACAGCAGCUGGAAAGGAAGUCUCCAAGUGCCCUACAAUGUUGGCCCUGGCUUUAUUGGAAACUUUUCUACGCAAAAAGUCAAGAUGCACAUCCAUUCUAACAAUAAAGUAACCAGAAUAUACAAUGUGAUCGGAACUCUCAGAGGAGCAGUGGAACCAGACAGAUAUGUCAUUCUUGGAGGUCACCGUGACUCAUGGGUGUUUGGAGGCAUCGACCCUCAGAGUGGAGCAGCUGUUGUUCAUGAAAUUGUGAGGAGUUUUGGGACACUGAAAAAAGAAGGAUGGAGACCUAGAAGAACAAUUUUGUUUGCAAGCUGGGAUGCAGAAGAAUUUGGUCUUCUUGGCUCUACUGAGUGGGCAGAGGAGAAUUCCAGACUCCUUCAAGAGCGUGGUGUGGCCUAUAUUAAUGCUGAUUCUUCUAUAGAAGGAAACUAUACCCUACGAGUUGAUUGCUCCCCACUGAUGUACAGCUUGGUAUACAGCCUAACAAAGGAGCUCCAAAGCCCUGAUGAAGGCUUUGAAGGCAAAUCUCUUUAUGAGAGCUGGAAUGAAAAAAGUCCUUCCCCUGAGUUCAGUGGCAUGCCCAGGAUUAGCAAGUUGGGAUCUGGUAAUGAUUUUGAGGUGUUCUUCCAAAGACUUGGAAUUGCUUCAGGCAGAGCACGGUACACUAAAAACUGGGCAACAAACAAAUUCAGGAGCUAUCCGCUGUAUCACAGUGUCUAUGAAACUUAUGAACUGGUGGAGAAGUUCUAUGAUCCAACUUUUAAGUAUCACCUCACUGUGGCCCAGGUUCGAGGAGGGAUGGUGUUUGAACUGGCCGAUUCCACAGUGCUCCCAUUUGACUGUCGAGAUUAUGCUACAGUUUUAAGAAAGUAUGCUGACAAAAUCUACAAUAUUUCAAUGAAACAUCCUCAAGAAAUGAAAAUGUACAGUGUGUCAUUUGGGCCUGUUUCUAUUUCAGAUUCACUUUUUUCUGCUGUGAAGAAUUUUACAGAAAUUGCUUCUACGUUCAGUGAGAGACUCCAAGGCUUGGACAAAAACAACCCAAUAUUAUUGAGAAUUAUGAAUGAUCAAUUGAUGUUUUUGGAACGAGCAUUUAUUGAUCCUUUAGGAUUACCAGACAGGCCUUUCUAUAGGCAUGUCAUCUACGCUCCAAGCAGCCACAACAAGUAUGCAGGGGAGUCGUUUCCAGGAAUUUAUGAUGCUCUGUUUGACAUCAAAAACAAAGAUGAUCCUUCCAAGGCCUGGGGAGAAGUGAAGAGACAGAUUGCUAUUGCAGCCUUUACAGUGCGGGCUGCAGCAGGGACCCUGAGAGAAGUAGCCUAGGUGGUUCUUCAGAGAACCCGUGUUGAAUAGGUGCAUCCACACAUGUGUUACUAUGGCUGUAGUUCAUGGAUAUAAACCAGUGGACUUGAGUGAAUACAACAUUUAUCAGUCUGUGUCCAGUUAACACAAGGAAACCACACAGCAACACAAACAGGAAAAGUUAUUAUAAAGAAUGAUUCGUUAGACAUGUGAAAAGAUGUUCAGCAUCAGUCACUACCAGGGAAAUACAAAUCAAAACCACAAUGAGCUACCACCUCACACUUGUCAAAAUGGCUAAAAUUUAACAAUUCAGGAAAUAACUGAUGUUGGCAAGGAUGUGGAGAAAGAAGAACCCUCUUGCACUGCUGGUGGGAAUGCAAACUGGCACAGCCACUGUGGAAAAGAGUAUGGAGAUUCCCCCCAAAAUUAAAAAUAGAACCACCCUAUGACCCAGAAACUGCACUACUAGGUAUUUAUCCAAAGGACACAAAAAUGCUGAUUCAAACAGGCACAUGUACCCCAAUGUUUACAGCAACAUUAUCAACAAUAGCUAAAUUAUGGAAAGAGCCCGAAUGUCCAUGCAAUGGAAUAUUAGCCAUCAAAAAGAAUGAACUCUUGCCAUUUGCAACAACAUGGAACUAGAGUGCAUUAUGUUAAACGAAAUAAUUCAGUCAGAGAAAGAUAACUAUAUGAUUUUGCUCAUAUGUGGAACUUGAGAAACAAGAUAGAUGAACAUAGAUGAAAUCAUUAUUACACUAUAUGUUAACUAACUUGGAUUUAAGUUUUUUUUUUUUUUAAAGGAUGAUUAGUUACAAUAACAUUGCAGUAAGGAUAUACUGCCAGUAAAAGGUAAAGGGAGCUCUAAAGAAUAUAAGCGUAGCAGACACAAGGAGCAGUCACUGUCUCUAGGGCUUAGAUGGAGCAGCUGAUGAACUUCCCCCACCCCAUGGGCCUUACCGAAUAGCAGAGAAGUCACUGUGGUGCUGUGCUCACAGACCUUGUGAAACUCCUCAGAAAUUUGCACUCUAGGCUACUGUGGGAAUUGUGAUUGUGGGGAAUUGUCUUGCCAGAGGCACUGCACUAGCAAACCAACCAUGGGUGGUUUUAAAAGAAGCUCCUGGCUACUGUUCUGGUCGCCAUUAAUGGCAAGAAGCAAGUGCCAGAGGAGCAGCCUGGACCACAGGACGGGGCACCACAGGACGGCAGCACUGGCGAAGCCUUGUAUGCUCUAUGAGCCACGCGCUGAAGUCCUUUGCAGGCAGAGACCUGCCAGGUGAGCACAUGGGAACCAGGAAGGAAAGCCCCUUCCUGCAAGGUCUCUACAAUGCCUUCUACUGACAAAGUUUAACAUCAUGUCUCUCAGAAAAGAAAAAAAAAAAUUUUAAGGAUGCAGACACCUUUACAAAGAGCGGGCAAUGAAGAGUAAGUUUGCAGCAGAGAAGCAAUAAAUUGGACAGCUGACACAUAACAGAAUGUAUUUAUUCAUUUUCCUGCUGGUGGGAGUUUGGAAUGUUUUCUGUCUUUUGUUCCUACAAACAUGUCUCCCAAUGCAAAUAUACAAGAAAUAUCUUUUUGGGCAGCAUCUAUCCUAAAUGAAAUGUCUGGGUUGUAAAAUAUGUACAUCUUUAAUUUUACUGUGAAACUGUUACAAAGUGGUUUUAUUCUCCUAUAUUCCCAAUGGCAAAGUGAUCAUAUUAUAUAAGAGAAUAGAAAUAAGAAAGACUGGCAGGUUAGAGAAAUACAAAGAAUUUAGUGUUUCUAGAAAGGGAGUGUGUCUAUACAUUGAGCAUCAGAUCAUGUAAGGCUUGGGAAGAUACACUAAGGAGUGUUACUAUUUUCCUGUAUAAAAAGCCAUGUAGUGGAGCACCUGGGUGACUCAGUUGAGCAUCCAACUUUGGCUUAGGUCAUCAUCUCACAGUUCAUGAGUUCAAGCCCCACGUCAGGCUCGCUGCUGUCAGCUCAGAGCCUGCCUCAGAUCCUCUGUCCCCUUCUCUCUGCCCCUCCCCUGCUUGCACUUUCUUAAAAAUAAAUAAAGCAUAAAAAAAAAA